AUGUCGCAGUUCACUGUGAAUGGUAUUGCACUCGGAUGCGAUGUCGCUGGACCUGUAAUUGAGCAGCUUCGCCCAGUGAAUAUGUGGAGAUUGGAAGUUCAGUGGUCAGACGGUUGUAUACAGGAGGAUGUAGAUGCGACGUAUGAAAUCCAAGUUGGUCGCACAGAAACCUUUGACAACAUUCUCCAGACUAACAUCAGCAUAAAGUCUGAUAAGAAAGCAAGCAUACCCUACUCGUGGAUAUGGACCUCGCAGCUGCCGUUACAAUGUGCAGACCACUCCGUGCGCCUAAGGCGUAUCAUAAACGCGUCCUUCUCCAGUGAAUGGACUCCAUGGAAAACCAAUUUCGGAGAUCAGAACCAAGACGGGAAAAACACCAAGAUGUUUCCCAAAGAUCAAAUUCUCCGAGAAGGCGCCUCUGUUCUCUUUUGCUGUGUACCUCGACGUGGAACAGAAAUAACUAAAAUCACAUUCAAUAACAGCCUGUACCCGGUCAUUAGCGUGGGAGAGCAUGUCAGAGCCAUCAAUGUGACAAACCUUAACGCCAGCCGAGCUUUGGGGGUCAAUUUUGGAUGUCGUGAUUCAAAAGGCUAUGAGAGAGUAGCUUUAAACUACGUUACUUUUCCUCCUCAGAAAUUACAGAAUGUGAGUUGUGAGACUGUGGACAUGAGGACAGUGACUUGCUCCUGGAGGCCUGGUAGACCCCCCAACUUAAGUGGCUCAAAUAAGCGUAAUUACGCCCUUCAUGUGGAGAACAUGGGCACAGUGGAGUGCAAAGAGACGCUCUGUAGUUUUCCCGUGGUCCUGAACCGAACAGAGUACGUUGUGAGAGUGACUGAGAGGAACAGCCUGGGACAGGAGAGCGUGACCCUCACCUUUGACAUCGCUGACACAGUGUUCCCCGAAGCCCAGCAUGUGUCUGUCAGUCCGGCUGCGACUCAGGCCACUGUUUCAUGGAUGUUAGACGGGAGCUUCUCUGGGCUUCAGCUGGUCUGUCAGAUCCAAACAGAUCCAGGACGGAAAGUUGUGGAGUUGAAGGUUGAAGGGGCUGUGAGAGAGCAUUCUGUCACAGUGCUAGAGUUGCUGCCCAGCUUCAGUUUCUCCACUAGGGUGCGCUGUGCUGUGCAGGGCAAGGACUGGGGAAAAUGGAGUGAUGACGUACAUUUCUGUACCUAUCCCCCCGUGACGCUUGCCGUUUGGAGGACAAUCCAGGUGGACGCACUGGGACGCGACGUUACAGUUCUGUGGAGCACUGCAAGCUGUGACUCACACUCACACAUUAAGCUGUAUGAAGUGUGUCUGGAAAGAUCCGGAACGACUGUGUGCCGUAACGUUACCAAGACCCGGGAAGAUUUCCGUGUUGGGUCAGAACCGUGCAGAGUGGUGGUACGGGCUGUGCUAGGGACAGGCCAGUCCGUGUCGUCUUACAUCAGCAUCCCCCCGGUCCACUCAGAUGGUGUGGUCCUGAAAAAGAGAAUUGUGGGAAGUGCCAUCGAAGGCUUUCUUCUUUCCUGGAAGGAGGAUGGCUCCGCCCUCUGUGGUUAUACAGUGGAGUGGUGCAUGAUGGGGAGUGCGGUUCCUUGCUCCCUACAGUGGAGGACUGUUCCAACUGGACACAAUUCCAUAGCCCUCGAAGCAGAGGAAUUUGAGAAGGGCCGCAGGUAUUCCUUCAAUAUCUUCAGCUGUAGGAAGGAGGGUCACACGCUGACAGAGACUCACACUGGAUACACACAGGAGCUGAAACCGACGCUCAUUCCUCAGAUUUCUCCCUCUUUGAGUGUGACCAUGUCCUCUGUGACACUGGAGUGGAGUUAUGAUGAGGAUGACCCGAGGCACCCAGGAUUCAUCAGUGGAUACCAGAUUACUGUGCACAACCAGGAUCCAUGGAGCACCAGUCACUAUUCCCGUAACGUCUCUGUCAAUGACCCACGCGUUAAGCAGGUAACAGUGAGUGACCUGCAGCCACAAACCCUGUACACCUUCAGCCUGGCAGCCCAAACAUCCGCCGGUUCUGGCCCAGAAACCCGCCGUCAGAUCACAACAUUGCCCAACUGUGAGUCUGAGCAGAUGGAUCAAAGAUCAGGGGUCAGGAUUAAGGCGAGUGCCAAAAUCCAGGCCGUGAGAGUAGAGGAGUGUCCUUACUGUGAUGUGGAGGUUGUCAACGCAACACUGGUGUUGGAAAAAAUGUCUCUCAUGCAUCAAACAGAACCAGGGCUUCAGGUCAUCAGCUCUCACCCAGGGUACUGCCCCCAGACACCCUCAGCCAUGCUGGAUGAACCCACCAAUCUGGAUGUGAUGAGCAUUACCAAUCGCUCCUAUGUGCCCAUGGGCGUUUAUAGCUCUGCCCAGGAGGAGGCGCUGAACAGGGAGAAUACUGCCCAGGAGGAGGCGCAGAGUGAGGAAAAUUUACCCCUGCACCCAAGUGACUAUGUCACAACAGUCGCCAUCCUGAAAUUAUGA